AUGACGACAACAACGUCGACCCCAACAAGUUCAGUAGUACCUCCGAUAUCCUCAUUUGAUCCUCAAUUACUCAAACUUCUUGCACGACAUCAUCAUCAUUUCAAUCAACAAUCCGGUGCAAAAGAAUUUCUUCAACAUGCGUUUUAUUUCAACCAUGCUCCACCAAACACCGUCGCUACCCUCUCGCCACGACAUCAUCUUAGCAAUGGUUUAUCGAAAUUGAAUACGGAAAACUCAACACCCAGUCUAAAAUUAUCGACUAAUAAUGGCAAACUUGAUCAACAACAAACAAUAUCACCAACUAAUACUCCUUUAAAAAAAGCGAUUAAUCAACAACAAAGCAAAGAAACACCUCCGUUCGAUCAAUGGCUUCAACCGCCCCUGGGUUCAGUUAUACAGGGUCCACCCUGCAUUCAAGCUGAUGCUGCAUCAACGACGUCAUCAUCAUCAGCAACAGCGGGUUCAAAAUGUGAGACAACAUUAUCAUCAGGCGAGCGAAUCACAUGCUUCGUCGUUGGCGGAGAGAAACGUUUAUGCUUACCGGAGAUUCUAAAUACCGUUUUGAAAGAUUUCUCCUUACAAGAAAUCAAUGCUGCAUGUGAACGUUUACAUAUUUACUGUUCGCGAUGUACAAAUGAACAAUUAGAUAUUCUUAAAAAGACUCAAGUUUUGCCACUGACUGCUCCAUCAUGCGGUUUAAUCACUCAAACAGAUGCCGAACGAUUAUGUGCAAGUCUUUUACAACUACAUUACAAAGGACAAUUGCAUACAAUCAAUUCAUCAACGACAAAUCCAUAUGAACGAUUAUAUUCAAUCAAAGUUCAACAUAAAUGUUUCGGUAAAUGCUCCGGAACAUUGUAUCCGACUUUAUAUAUAGCAACACAAGCAGAAUGUAUUCAAUGUGACACAUGUCAAGCAUUAUUUUCUCCUAAAACCUUCGUUUCACAUGGACAUAAAUCGGAAGAAAAUCGUAUUUGUCAUUGGGGAUUCAAUUCGGAUAAUUGGCGAUCUUAUUUGAAAAUACGUUCGACUGAAGACAUGAAAGCGAGAGAAGAAUUUGAAUUAUUUAAAGAAAGAUUUCUUCAUACAAAUAAUAAUCAUCCACAACAGAAGAAACGUCUCAUUCAACCAUCAGAUUGUUUAAUAUCCAAUGAGAAACGAGCUAAACUAGUUCCAUCAUCCUCAGCUGAUACUGCAUGGCCACACCCAUACAAUCAAAUAAAACGAGAUAAUCCCUACGGAGAUUAUUCAUUUGGAACAGGUUUACCACGCCCAUCAUUAGUUCCCCCACCGUUGCCAUUAGCAUUACCUGUUGAGACGUCGAACAGUUGCCCACGGCCUUCACCAUUACGUGUAGUUCAGUCAAAUUCUCCUCCACCAAAUGAACUCGCUAAUCCAUCGAUUACAAACUUCAAUGAUUUUUCAACUGAUGGUAUUCGACAAAUAGUUGAAUCAACGGUGUCAUCUCCUCGCGCUCGUCAACAAUUAAUCACUUAUAUCUCUCAAUUACAAUUACAUACAUAUACUCAAUCAUCACGAUCAAUAUCAACUAGCGGUGACAAUGAACUAAAUCUUCUACGACGUGAAAACGAAUCGCUUCGCGAACGUUUAUCUAAACUCGAAAGUAAUCAAAUAUCAUCAAAUGCCAGUACAAGUAGUAAUCGAAGUAAAUUUUUAUCCAAUGAUCCAAAUGCUCCACAUGAAUGUCUCGUCGGAGAUUCAGAUGAUAUGGAUUCGAAUGUCUCAUCUCAGAGUACAUCAUCACUUAUCGCACAUGAAACAACAAUUGAACAGCCGAAGUAUUUCGAUCGAAAACGCCGUUUAUUAGCAGCUGAACAGCAAAUCUGCACGUCGGACGUCGACGGAUCAUUACCGAAAAAGUCCAGUCCACAUAAAAAGGCUUGCUUAGAUGAUAUUGUCGAUACAUUAAAUCAAAAAGCACAAGCUGAACAAGAUGAAGAUGAUGAUGAACAAGAAGACGAGAUCACUGAUGAAUAUCGGAUCAAACAGGAAGUGAUUGAUGAGGAAGAAAUGAAUACAGAAACGAAUCCUCUAACUUCCACUCCACCAUCAACAUCAACGGAGCGAGAAGAUAUUGAUGAAGAUGAAGAUAUUGACAUUGAUGAUGUCAAAUUGACCAUUGAUGAUCACCACUAA